GCGAUGGCCAGCGCUUCGGUGGAGAGCGAUGGCGCAUCGGUGGAGAGCGAUGGCGCGGCGAUGGAAGUUCAACGCGUUACAAUGCAGCGAUAGCGAUGGUGAUGGCAACGACGGAACAACGAUAGCGAUUGCGCAGCGAUGGCACAUUGGUGGAGAGCGAUGGCGCAGCGAUGAAACAGCGAUAGCGAUGGCGCAGCGAUGGAACAACGAUAGUGAAGGCAGUGAUAGCGCUAGCAAUAGCGAUGGCUGCGAUAUCAAUGGCACACCGAUUGAGAGAUGGCGCAGCGAUGGAACAGCGAUAGUGAAGGCAGCGAUAAUGAUAGCGAUCGUGAAGGCGCACCGAUUGAGAGAUGGCUCAGCGAUGGAACCAACGUUGCGAUGGCAGCUAUGGUACCAGCGUUGCGAUGGCGCAGCGAUGACCAGUGCUGCAAUGAGAGCGAUGGCGAUUGCCAACGUUGCGAUGGUCAAGCGAGCGCGACGACUGCGAUGGGGGAUAUAACUUUGCGUCGCAAUGGCGAUGAGCUAAGCGCAUCGAUGGCGAUGGUGCAUGGCGAG